AACGUAUCAAAGAGGUGUCAAUCUUGUUAAUAGCACAAUUACAGGAAAAAUACACAUGUUUUUUCCCACAACAUUUUGUAAUUUUUUAUAUUGAGAUCAUAUUAGGGUGGUACAGGCAUGAUCAACCUAAAUUUCAAUUGUUUAAUAAACUUUAUAAAUUGCCUUUUCAAUCUCCAGUGGUUAUCGAUGAAAAAUGUGACAUUAUUAUAUAAAAAUUGCGGAGAGUUUGAUAAAUAGUAUAAAUUUUUUGUACGGCUAUCAUUUCACUUUUUCUUUCACCUGUACCAUAUAGGUAUUUUAAAUAGCGACCACUAUCAUUCUUAUAAAUCACUCGCUAGGUUUUCAGCAUGGAUGAAACAUUCCAAGUAUUCGAUAGAGUACUAUCUUUCGCUGGAAUAUCUCUUUUCGCGAAACGAAACUGGAAUUCUAAAAAAUGGCUCUUCUUCCAAUGUUUCAACGUUAUCAUCGGCUUUAUUACUUUCAUCUUCACAACAGCUUUUGUUUUUACUAAUAUAUCGAAUUUGUUGCUUUGUAUUCAAGGAGGUUGUGUUUGGACAACUGGAGUCAUUAUGUUCAUUUCUCUCUGUGUUUGCCUAAUUUUCAGAACAAAAUUCCGAACUUUUUUGGAAGAGAUGGUAUUCAAGGACCGCGUUUUUGAUAUACCGUUGGUAAAGAGUAUAUUUAUUCGGAAACCAGGUCAUGGCAAAUUAUUUGAAUUGGAGAAACUGGUUGUAAAUUCACAGGAGAAAUUGUUUAAGCUUACGAGGGUAUUGUUAAAAACUUAUGUUGGAAGCGUGUGGUUAUGCGUUACUUUAUACUUGUGCGGUCCCAUAUAUCAAAUGUGUGUUACGAAAGACAAGUCUCUCCGACUAUUAGCUUUUGAUAUGUGGUUUCCUUAUGGAUUGGAAGACUUCAGAGUAUAUGUGGCAACAUUUAUUUUUCAUGCGUAUGCAGGUUAUUUAUGUUGUAUUGCUUACCCUGGCCUUCAGUCUACAAUAAUACUUUUCGUUGGUCAAAUUAUAAGACAACUUCAAAUACUUACUUUCAUAUUGAAUAAUUUAGAUGAAAUAGCCAAAGAACUGGUAGGAAAAAGAGGAGAACUAUGGCAAGAAACCUGCAUUCAAAUAUUUUCACAAUGUGUUGAUCACUAUAUACAGACUAAGAGAUUCUCUAACAAAUUGAAUGUGAUAUGUCAGCCAUUUUACUUAGCUCUGAUAGUAGUGGCGACAAUGCUCGUAUGUGUCUGCUCUGUGAAAAUUGCGAUUUCGGAUAAACUUUCACCAGAUACAAUGAAAUAUUACGUACAUGAGCUUUGUUUUGUACUGGUGGUGCUAAUGUUUUGUUAUCUGGGACAGCAAGUUGACAAUGAGUGUGAAAAAUUGGAAGCGGCGGUGACUGAAAAAUGGUACUUAUUUAAUUCAAGUCACAAAACAAACAUACGAAUUUUCAUGAUGGCGAUGUGUCAAAAGAUGCCUAUUUAUAUAUAUGGAUCCAUAACCCUUUCUUUACAAACAUUUACGUGGUUUAUCCGCACUGGGAUGUCAUUCUUUACAUUUCUGAUGUCAGUGUUAGAAGAUUAAUUGAUGUAGUUGAGUCUGGCGGCGUUAUUGUAGAAAUUACGUAGAAUAAACUAAAGGAACC